AUGAAAACCCAAACAAAAAAAAACAAGUGUGAGGGCGAGUCGCAAGACCUGCCCGACACAAAAAACGAGGGAACUCCAGCAGGACCCUCAUUUGUAGCCUCGACUGAACAGGGAACCUCACAGGGACCCAGCUCAGACAGGCUAAGAGAUGCUCCUCCAGGAGACAAGGAACCGAAAGGUACCUUAGACGUGAAGGGCCUCUCGAAAAGCCUGAAAAAGAUCAGGGUAAAAAGGUCCAACAUAUGUGGGGCCGAACGCAGAAGACGGAGGAAGGCAAAGUCGCAUGAGACUUCCCAACAAGACUCCGUCUCAAUGCCGGUAUCCGGAGGCUCCCACACAGGUGCCUCAGGACCGCAGCUCAAGAAAGGUGGGGAGGGCUCUCGCAAGGGUGCACAGACGCCGGCCAAAGACAAUCCAUCAACCCAAAAUGUAGCCAAGGGGCCCCUACCCAACAAAAGGUUGAGUUCCCCAGGUGCCACACCACCAGGAGGGCAUCAGACCAAACGUCCAAGGACCGCGACAAGCAAUCUUGGACGGGUCGAGUACUCCCAAGUGGUGAAGGAGGACAUCUCCCUGCAGGUGGUGGUGACCCGGGACGGCCAUGCCGAUACUGACCUCACCAAUGACCGCCUGCUGGAAAUCCUGGACUCCAUCGGUGAGGCUGUGACCGAAGCCGCCACGGGCAGCGGCACAGCACUCCAAUUUGAGUCGGAGAGGCUGUGGAGAGGACAACUCCUUGUCACAGCAGCGAAUCGAGCUUCAAGGGACUGGUUGCUCAGGAAAUUACCCAAUCUAAGACCCUAG